CCCUCAGUAGGGCCAUUUGUCUGAGUUCAACUCGCUUUUACUUUCGUUUCUGUCUCACACAGCUGAUCAGGACAGAAUUUAAAACCCCAUCACCCACACUGUAUGGUGUUAGUGGACGAGGAGAAGCUGAAAAUACCACACGGUUCCCUACAGCUGCCUGGAGUAAAGUGUAGGAUGGCAGAUUUUGGACUGUAUUCAUACCAGGAGGAAGUGGUUGAAAGGGCUCUUAGGGGAGAGAACACAAUUAUCUGGCUGCCGACCGGAGGUGGAAAGACCCGUGCUGCUGUGUAUGUAGCCAAAAGACACCUGGAGACCACACAGAAAGCUAAGGUGGUGGUCCUGGUAAACAAGGUUCACCUUGUAGACCAACAUUACACCAAAGAGUUUAAACCUCACCUGGGUUAUGACUACAAGCUGGUGCCAGUCAGUGGAGAGAGUGAGGAGAAGGACUUCUUUGGAAAAGUGGUGCAGGACUCAGACCUGGUCAUCUGCACAGCACAGAUCUUAUAUAAUGCCCUGAUUAACACGGAGGAAACCAAACAUGUUGAGCUCUCAGAUAUCACUCUACUGAUAAUCGAUGAGUGUCACCACACCCACAAGGAGUCAGUCUACAACAAGAUAAUGAGAUGCUACGUGGAGAAAAAGUUGAGACGAGAACAUCCAUUGCCACAGAUCCUGGGUCUCACUGCAUCACCAGGGACAGGGGGCGCAAAGAUCCUGGAAAAGGCUGUGGAGCAUGUCCUGCAGAUCUGUGCUAACCUGGACUCAGCCAUAGUUUCAACUAAAAACUAUGCCCCUGAGCUGAAGAAGAAGGUCCCCAGACCCAUCAAGACAUUUGACAUUGUGGAGAAAAGGCAUGAGGAUCCAUUUGGGGAUCAUCUGAAGUGGAUGAUGCAGCUGAUCCAUGAGUACAUGAACCUACCACCAGACGUCAAACUGAGAGAGUGUGGCACACAAGAGUAUGAGGCAGAUGUGGUGAUUUUAGAGCAGCGAGGGGUAAUAGUGAACAACAGACUGCUCGCACAGUGUGCACUCCACCUCAGACAGUACAACGACGCCCUGCUCAUCAAUGACACCCUGAGAAUGAUGGAUGCUUAUCGCUCCCUAGAAGAAUUCUACAUCACAAAGUCAGACACAGCCAUCGAUGGAACAGACUUCUUCCUGGUGGGACUUUUCCAAGAGAAUCAGGUGGAGCUGAGGAAACUUGCAAUGGAUUCUCACUAUGAGAACCCAAAGAUGGGUAAACUUGAGAGUGUUCUACUCAAUCAAUUUGGUCAUGGAUCAAAGGAAUCAAGAGGGAUUCUCUUCAGUAAAACUCGUAAAAGCACCCACUGCCUAAAAGACUGGGUCGUUAACAACAGAACCCUACAGCAAGCUGGAAUCAAGGCAGCCAUCCUCACUGGGGCUGGCAAUGGCAUCACUUACAUGACACAGAACGAGCAGGCAGACACAAUCCGCAAUUUCCGCCAGGGUAAGCUCAACCUUCUGAUCUCCACCAGUGUGGCUGAAGAAGGCCUUGACAUCCCUGAGUGUAAUCUGGUAGUGCGUUAUGGACUGCUUACAAAUGAGAUUGCCCAGCAGCAGGCCAGUGGACGUGCCAGAGCGCGAGACAGCCAGUAUUCAGUGGUCGCUGUAAAAGGUGGAAGGGAAGAGCGCCGAGAACUCACCAAUGAAUACCUGGAAGAGCUCACUGGAAAAGCCAUCGCUCAGGUCCAAGAUAUGAGCCUCCGAGAGUUUUGCAGAAAGAUAACUGAACUACAGACAGAAGCAGUUGUUACCAGUAAAGUUGCAGAGACCCGCAAAAUUGAGAAGAGGAGUCGCUACGCUGCUUCCAGUAUCCAGCUCUUGUGUCGAAAUUGUUUCAAGCCUGUGGCCUCUGGCAGUGACAUCAAACUUGUUGACAAUGCGCACUAUGUCAAUGUCAAUCCUGACUUCAAGAGACACUACAGAGUUGGUGGGCCAGUGAUUCUAGAGAGGAGUUUUGAGGACUGGGAGCCUGGGUGCACUAUCAACUGCAAUAAUGGCAACUGCAACUUGCAAUGGGGAUUCGAGAUCAAGUACAAGAAGAUCGCCCUGCUGCCCAAUUUAGCCAUAAAGAAUUUUGCCCUGGAGACCCCUGAUGGCAGGACAACUGUGAAGAAGUGGAAGGAUGUCCUUUUCACCGUCGAGGACUUUAGCUUUGAGCAAUACUGCCAAGACACCUUCCCUGACCUCUUCGAUUGAGACACCAUCAAGAGAGCUCUUUGCAAGGUUUUUUCCCAACUUCACGUCAGCUUUUAUCAGUUUUUUUCAUUCCAGUCUGUCAGUAUUGGUGUUUUGUCAUCUGUGCUCAUUUACAGAAACCAUCAUUGUACUGUUUGAGGUGCUUACAUAUGAACAUAUGCUAUUCAAAAAUUCACUCUCCACAUGUAUUAGCACUUACUUGGGCUGCAGGGCCAAUGAGGCAGCAGUGUGCUAAAACCCAUUAUGCAUCGAUCGUGCUUGAAAUUAGCACGACAGCUUUGUUUAUGCCCAAGGUCCCAGCUCCCUUUGCAUGUUUCUGUAUUUUCCAUGCUUCAUCUCAAAGCAAGCACUGAAACACAGCGCAACACUAACUCUGCUGUAACAUGAACCUUGACCAUCAUGAACACUUGAAAUGUCAUCAUGAAAAUGAUCCCUCAUGAAUGCUCUUUUAGUCCAUCAGUUUUUAAAAGGCAACAAAAUUUGAUGCAGAAGCAUACACGUGAUAUUAUGCAGAUGCUGAUUGUCUCAAAUAAAUAAUGUAAUUAUCUGAAUAUUACAGGGAUUAGGUUUUAACUAAAUAUUUAUUUUGUCAUUUUCAACCAAUUUUGAAAUAUCGACUGUCAUAUGUUUCUUUUUAUGUUGUUGCUCUAUACUAUUUUAUAUCAGCUAAUUAUGGGGUAUGAAAAUGAACUAAAACUAAGGUUUAAAUUAGUUUGACUAAAACAUUCUUUUGAUAUGCCUAAAAGAUUGUCUUUAGGAAUUAAUUUGCCUCUUAACCACUAGGUGUCAGUGUUGGUUAGCCAAUGUUCACACCAAGUCAGAUACUGUAUUUCUUUUCUACCUUUAUAAUCUCUCACAAAUGGUGUGAGUAAAGCCAGAAUGGAAAUUUUCCCUGUUGGCUCUCAAACCGACAGCAAUGGGCCGAUGAUGCCCAGAGGCUCUAAGGGAGGCAGGAGUGAGUCUGAAAUCCCAGAUAUGCUGUAAAAAGGAGGAUGAGGAAGAGGAAUGUUUAACUCUCGAUUCACACCCAGGAAACGUUGCUGAUGUACGCUUGAGCAAGGCACUUCAUCCCCAGACUGCUUCAGUGGAAUGUCUUGUUUUUCGCUAGUGCAAGAUGGCUUCCACACUUGUGUAUGCAAUAUCUGGAGAAAUAAAAUGCAAUCAGUUGAAAGUA